AGAACAUUUGAGUUUGGUACCAGCAUAGAUUUUGGAAGUUCUCCUCCGGAGGUUAUUCCAGAGAUUGGUAGAAACCAAACGUCUUCACCAACAGCAGAUGAUGUGAUGAAAUUGAGAGAGGACAUAAGGCAACUUAGGGCUCACAAUAGAGAACUUCAAGCUGAAAUAACUGAAGAUGAAGAGCUCUCGUCCAAGCUAAGACAGAAAGUGAACCAGCUUGAAGAGAAAAACCUAGAACUCACAAGCAACUUCAACAAUGAGAACAGUAAAUUACAAAGUGAGUUAGCUAGGCUAAGAUCAGAGGUAGAGCAAGGAGAAGCUGCAAGGCAAGUUGUUGAGUAUGAGUUGACAAUGGCUAGGAAUGCAGGAAAUCUGCAGAAAAGGUUAAACCAAGAAAAACAACAGGAAUUGAAUUCUGUUAUUGAAAACUCAGCAGAAAAAAUCCAUGACCUACAAACUCAUAUCCAGGAUGUUGAAAAUGAGUUUAAAAAAAUGAAGACAACUUAUGAAGCUGCUGAAGACAGAUACAACAGCAUAAUUACAGAAAAGGAACAAUUGAUAGCAACCAUAACUACACAGCUUGAAGUGAUGCGCACAGAAAAAGAACAAUUAGACCAAGUGUUUCAAGAGCAAGAAGGUAUUUAUGAAGAAGCCCAAGAAAAGAUUGAACAGUUAGAGAUAGAGAGAAACACACAAACAGACACAGUAAGACGCCAAGUGAAGGAUAUUGAGUAUGGAACAGAAAGAGAGCAAAGGCUUAAGGAACAACUGCAGGAGGUGCUUUCAAAGGUCAAGAUGCUGGAAGAAAAUAUUGAAACAGAGAGGGCAGCACAUUUAGAAUCAAAAUUCAAUUCGGAGAUAGUUCAAUUGAGAGUCCGCGACCUUGAAGGUGCAUUUGAUGUCGAGAAAUCUGCUCACAGUGAAGCUAGUAGGAAGAUGGAAAUUUUAUCAAAGCAAUUGAUUGAAAUACAGCAUCUAUAUGAUACAGAACAAGAAAAAGGAAAGGAAACCAAGAAUAUACUAAACAGGCUAAACCAAGAGCACAAAAACGUAAAAAAACAAUUAAGUUCUGAUCUUGAGGAGAAAAAUAUAGUGAUUGGUGAGUUAUCCCAUCAACUUGACCUACAUCAGAAGAACUUUGAUGGACUUAAAGAAGAACUCAAAAAGGCAAAGAAGAGGCAGAUUUUUCUGGAGGAGACCUAUGGUGGCUGUAUGAGGGAACUUGAUUUACUUCUGAAUAACUACCAAAUUGGCAAGAAAGAAACUGGAAAAACGAAGAAUAGACAGAAAACAUCAAAAGAUGAUAGACCAAUCACCCCCUCUACAGUUGUUGUCACUCUAAAGUCGACAUUAGCAAACUAUCAAGAUCAGUUAGAUGGAGCAACUUCUGAGCUUUCAAAAUUGAAGUCUUUGUAUGAAAAGGUGGCCAAGGAAUGUCAGCAAUAUAAAGAAGUGACGUGGUCAAGAAGUGCCACUGUACAGGAUCUUCAAGAGAAACUGGUGAAGACCACUAAGGGGACUGAACAGCUGAGGACCAAGUGUCAGCAAUCUGAUAUCAAGCUAGGCUCCCUGAAGGCAGAGUUAAAGAAGGCUGCCAAAAUGUGCCAGGAAGAACGUAAUCAGUUCACAGUGCUAGCAGAGGAAUUGCAUCAAAGGAGUAAAGAAUCUAUCAAAAGUGAAGAGAAUAAACGCUUGUACUUACAUAGUCUGUACCAACGGAUCUUAGCAGGUCGUAUUGUGAUGGAACCAAGUGAACCCACAUUAACUUCAUUUAGCUGGAAUGACCUUAGUGUUGCUGUCCACGAUCAGGUGGUAUCGCUUAUGAAUUUGCUGAAAACAGAGAAAGAUCAGAUAAAUGAUCUUGAGACAGCAUUGCGUCAGAAGGACUUGAAGAUCCAGACGCUACAACAACAGCAUGAACAACGUCUGGAGCAUGCAACGAUGUCAGGAGAAGAAAGAACCAAACGACUGAUGGAAGAGAAGGAUGAGGUUGAGGAAAGAUAUACAAAAAUGUUUGAGGAACUUCAGAGCAAGUCACGGAAAACUCAAGGCCUAGCUGACCAAGCUUGGGAGAAAGUGCGUCUAAUGAGUACAGUCAAGGAAGGGCUGGAGUCAGAGUGCAAGCAGCUACGUGUGGCUGUAGAAAAAUCAAAAAUAAUCCAGGCUAGCCUACUGGCUGCCUGCUGCCUACUUACAGGGGCGUACAUGCCCCUGUGCAGGCGAGCUAAACAGCUUGCAAACCAGCGGGACAUCUUAGAGCAGCAGCUAGCCGAAAGACAUGUUAUGAAGGAAAAGGUAUUGGAGCUAGUUUGUACCUUAGCUCUGAAGGAAGAUAACAAAGAGAUGGGCAAAUCUGAAGGCGAUAUGAGCAUGCUGAUGAAAUUCAGGGCUAGUGUUAUUGCUGUUAUCGCAGCCAAUAGAUUGCGUCGUCUGCUAAAACAAAGUCAGUGUCUGUUCAUGUCAACUGACAUCCCUGCUGGCAUUACAUCAACUAUUGUUUGUUUGCCUCAAAUGAAACAAGUUCAAGGUAGCAUGGAAAUCUCAGACAAGUCAUCUCAUAGUGAUGACCUAGGAUCAUCCACCGCAGCCACUGCAAUUUCUUGGCUAACCAGUCAACAGACGUUGACAUCUAUACUCCAAGCUACGUCUGACCUCAGUGAACUGCUUAUGCUAACACCAGAACAAAUGCUGUCACUUCACUCCAAGAAAGCAACACAGCUAAUAGAGGUGGCCUUUCAACGUCUUGUUAAUUGUCUAGGCCCAGCAUAUGAGACACCAGAAUCAUCCAAAGGCCGCUUUCCCAGAGACAGAAGCUCACUUGUUUUCUUGCUGGGCUUAGGCCUGAAAAGGGCGUUGGGCAUGGCUUCUUACUUCAAAAAGGGCUGUCCUUCCACAGCACGAGCAAUAACGUCGACACUCCAAAAACAUGUGCUAGAGUUCACUCAAAGACUGCAUGCAGCAGAAGUAGAAAGAAGAUCCUUACGGAUUGAGGUGUCCAAAUUAAGGAAAGACUCCGAAGAUUUGAAAGAAUCUGAGGAAAAGAACAAUGUAUUAUCCCAGCAGCUUGACGACCUCCAGCGACAGCGAAAACAUUUGAUUGAAAAAGAAAAAUUUGAAAGUGUCUGCCGUGAGCUGUCUAGCGCCCUCCAACGGGAGCACAAGGCACAAGAGAUUCUUAAUGAGCAGAGUAAUCAACUGGAGGAAAUGAGUAUGCGGUUGAAUGUACAAACAACCGAGGAGCUGGAGCGGAACACCACUAUAUCAGAGGCAGUAAAGGGUUUAUCUGAGGCUAAAAUGGAGUUGCGGCGUAGAGACCAAUCAAUGAGACAGAUCAACAGGCAGCUGUCACAAUUGGAAACAGAAAAAAAAGAACUGCAAGAAAGACUGACCAGUACAGAGAAUGUACUCCUCAUGUCAACAAAAGAGAAAGAAGCAGUGACUUCUUACUUGAAGUCAAUUGAGAUGGCUGUUGAAGACAUCAAAAGACACAUCAUAUCCAGAACAGAUCUGAAACAGGUUGAUACCAUUCUAAAUCAGAUGUUGUCUCAUAAGCAGAGACAUAUUUUGGAGGUAGCUCAACCAAGUCCAGAUGCAAAGACUUUGCAGAAUGUGAUUGAAACAUUUGUUGAAGCACAAAAAACAACAUUAUCUCGAAUGGCUGCCCUCGAGUCUGAAAUAGAUUCCAACAAACAACACAUCGCUACGCUUAAGAAUGAACUUAAUGCUGUUUGUAAACGAGAAUAUGAUGAUGAGGAAGUGAUGCUGUCUGAGGAGAGUUUCCAUGACAUAAAAAGAAAUCAUCCAGAAAGGUCAUUUGGAAGGUUGCGACCUUUAUUUGAACCUGAAAAAAGUUCCUUAGAAGCAUUUGUGCCUCUAACGGAGGAGCCAGACUAUAGCCUGAAAUUUACUACUACUAGUCCAUCCAAAUCCUUCCUAAUGCAUCCUGACAAUGUCCGUAUGUCAUCUUCACCGAGACGAUCAGAAAGGAAGGUCGGACAACACAAUGUGAGACACAGGGAUGAAUAUUAGGAGGCUCUCACUUUUCAUUCUUAAAAUAUCAAUGGUUACUGGUAGAUGAAUUCCGACUCAUACACAUGGAAAUGCAAUGAAUAUCCUGUUUUAAUUUAUUUGUAAUUGGUUUGAAAAAUGUAAAUAGAAAACUUUAUUAUUUUUUUUUUAUCAUCGAUGUAAAUAUUUUAUAAACCUUUUAUAUCAUUCCUUUGUAUACUGUAUAUAUAUUUAUUAUUAUUUAUCUCUAUUUUUCAUAUCACUGAAUUCAUAAGGAAUAUUUGAUUAAAUGUUGAAUUGGAAAUCCAAA